GUUGUGAUGAUUUUCACUUUACCUUUUGUUGCUUUGCUGCUCAGAAAGGAUAGACAGCAAUAUGAGUCUUGGAGCAGCAGCAGUUAUCUUUAUUCUCUUUGUAUCUGCGAAUGCAUUUACUGCAAGGAAGAAAGCUCCUUUGUAUGGCUCUCACCUGAACACAGCAGUUAAUGGGCACUAUAUUGUUGUUUUCAAUGAAGAUACUCUGGACAGUGAAAUUAAAACUCACCAUGAAGACCUCUCUUUGAUGCUCAGUUAUUUGAAUAAAACUUCAGCUGGAACUGUUAGCAAAUUUGAGAUCGGAUCAUUUAAAGGUUAUUCAGCAUCACUUGAGGAAAAAGCUCUUGAACAUGUACGUCAGUUAAAAGAAGUGAAGUACAUUGAAGCUGAUCAGGUUGUAAAGACACUUGAUUCUUGUACUGAACAGUCUGGAGCCACAUGGGGAUUGGUGCGUACUUGCUCACAGGACAUGUCCUCAUCUAGUUACUAUUAUAAUCCAAACUGUGCCGGAAGUGGAGUAGAUGUAUACAUUAUUGAUACUGGUAUCGAAGUGUAUCAUUCUGAUUUUGAUGGGCGCUCAGAGUGGGGCAGUGAUUUUGUUGAUUCUGGUAAUUCUCCAGGUACCGAUCUAAAUGGACACGGGACCCAUUGUGCUGGAACUGUAAUGUCCAGUACUUGGGGAUUAGCAAAGAAAGCAACUUCAGUUGCUGUGAGAGUCUUAGAUGCUGAUGGAUCUGGAUAUGUGAGUGGUGUUGUGUCUGGUAUCAGCUGGGUUGCAGAGCAGCAUCAAAGCAGAGGAAGAAAAUCAGUUGCAAAUUUGUCAUUAGGAGGUGGUUACUCCAGUACUCUUAACGAAGCUGUAGAUGCUGCAGUCUCAGCAGGUGUUCAUAUGGUGGUAGCAGCUGGCAAUGAAUUAACUGAUGCAUGUUAUCGCUCGCCAGCAUCAACACAAUACGGUAUUACAGUAGCUGCUAGUGAUAGUGCUAAUGAUUUUGCAUAUUUCAGUAACUAUGGCACAUGUGUUGACAUCAUUGCCCCUGGUGUGUAUAUAUCAUCUACAUGGCUUAAUGGAGGAUCAGCUAGUCUCAGUGGUACUUCAAUGGCAGCUCCUCACGUGGCUGGUGUGGUUGCUAAGAUUCUGUCCUGCACUGAUUACUCACCAUCUGAAAUGAAGCAAUAUCUUCAAAAAAUUGGUGCUUAUAAUGCUGUUGAAGGAGUUCCUUACAACACUCCAAAUAUUCUGCUCUACAAAGAAUGCAGCAAUUGAGAACAGUCUAUAUUGACAAUUUUGAUGUUAUGUAAUGUUUAAUAAUGCAUUUCUUUAUAUUGUUGAGUUGUAAUAAAUGCAGAGUAAUCAGUGCUGAUUGCAUGUAGAUAUCAUGAAUAAUGUGAAUAUUAAGGAAA